AGUAAAGAGACGUGGCCAUACUAUGGUGGGAGUCAGUUCUGUUAUAGUAGGCCACGAGGUAGCAGCUCCGGUGCUCCUGCAGGUGUAGACGAUCGCCACAAACUCUCUCUUAGUUUCUGCUGGCGCGCCAGGCUUCUCGUUUUGCCGGAGUGCGCCGCUCCGUGAAAAUCGAGCUACGCUACGAGAUUGCCUCGAAAGCGAUCCGGACAAUGAAAACGCGAAAUCUGUGCAAUAUCGCGUGAUAAAUUAGUGAUCGAACGAUCGAGUCGUUCGAAAUCCGGCGAAUUAACAUCAUAUACCACAUCGAUUUCUAUUAAUUUAUCGCUGCAUUCGCUAAGAGAUUACAAUUUUAAUUUGAUCGUCGACAUGAAACGACGACGUCUUUAUUGGCCACGCACGGAUCGAUAAUGCGAUUGCAUUGCAAAAAUUGGAUCGCAAGCGAUCGAUACACCACAAAUUUUCCGUGAAGCAUCGUGCAAAUAUAAAUCGUACGAGCGGUGCGUUCGAUUGCUGAUCGCUUGACCGUUUAAACUGCACCGAGUCUUUAGAAGGAGAAAGCAGGAGAAGUUGAAGAGUUCAGCCAGCUGAAAAAAAAGCGCCUUUCCUUGACAAUUACGAUUCGUCGGAUUCGAUCUUGUUUCCAACUAUUUUUUUCCUCUCAGAAACGCGUUUUCUUCGAAAUCGCACACAAUUCGCCGUAAAACAAAUUCGUUUAAAUUAAAACAACGAUAAAGAAAAAACAAGAAAAGGAAGAUUGCAUUCUAAAAGACAUUAACAGAGUUCAUCCAUCGAACAGCAAGGGAAAAUCGAGAGAGAAAAAUUAUUAUUUCGUUGAUCGAGCAAGUCACGGUUAGCUUUGAUCGUUUGUCUAUUUUUUUUUUUUCUAUCAGACUUCUAAUGUUUCGCGACUUUGUAAUUAUUCCGCAUGCCAACAAAACGAGAAAAUGAAAGAAUAUUAAUUCUUUCUCAUUUCAAAGUUUCUUAUCACGAUCUGUGAACACGUGCUUUUCUUGGAUUUUAACACCGGCACGCGAACGAUGGAUUUUUGAGAAGAACUCGUUUUUCCAGCCGGUUCACGAACGUGAGAUGAUUAGCAAACUCUUGUUGAGCUUUUGGAUACUCGGAUGCAUCAAUCUUUAUGGAGACUCGGCGAUUGCGCAAGAAUGGCCGACGCCACUCGACGAGUCCGCGGACGAGAAAAACGACGCCGAAAUCUUUCGAGCGGUCGUCGAAUCAAUGAGACAGUGGACGUUGCAUAAACAGUUGCAGCACAGAACCAAGAGAGAAGUUUCCAAAGUUUGCUACGAAGAUGUCGGCUGCUUCGAGGACACGGGACCUUUUAGCUAUCUGGAAAUGCUUCCGUCACCACCCAAAGAAGUUGGCACUAGAUUUUUAGUGUACGGCAGCAGAAAGGCGAGAUCGAUUCCGAUGGAAGUUCCUGCCGAUGAUAUAAACGAUAACGCACACCGUGCCAUAGAUCCCGAUCUACCCACCAAAGUGAUUGUACAUGGGUUCGGAUCCAGCUGCGAUCACGUCUGGGUUUACGAAAUGAGAUCCGCCCUAAUGACCGUGCACGAAUGUAAUAUAGUAUGUGUCGACUGGGGUCCAGGAAGCGCAGUUCCUAACUACGUAAGGGCGGCUGCCAAUACUCGUCUGGUUGGCCGACAAUUAGCCAAACUAGUUCGAAGUUUGAACGUACCUUUGGAGAAGGUUCACUUGAUCGGUUUCAGCCUGGGUGCCCACGUGGCUGGAUUUGCCGGUGCUGAACUAGGGAACGUCUCCAGAAUCACAGGACUAGAUCCUGCAGGACCGCUGUUCGAGUCCCAGGAUCCAAGAGCUCGACUCGACAAAACAGAUGCCAACUUCGUCGACGUGAUUCAUAGCAAUGGUGAACAACUGUUGCUCGGUGGUUUGGGAUCCUGGCAGCCUAUGGGUGAUGUCGAUUUCUAUCCUAAUGGUGGCAGAAUGCAAACAGGUUGCUCCAAUCUAUUUCUCGGCGCAGUAUCCGAUAUUAUCUGGUCAAGCGCUGUUGAGGGUAGAUCGCUGUGCAACCACCGAAGAGCCUACAAGCUGUUCACCGACUCUGUCAGCCCCAAGUGCCGAUUCCCGGCGUUUCCCUGCGACAAUGGUUACGACGGUCUUCUCCGUGGCGAGUGUUUCCCCUGCGGCGUGAACGGUAUGGGCAGGCCCUGCGGCGAUAUGGGUUAUUACAGCGACGAGUCACCGGCCAGGGGGCAGCUUUACUUGGUGACGAGGGACGAAGAACCUUUCUGCGCCCACCAGUACCAAGUGAAGGUGUACAACAGCCGCAGUGAAAGACCUGCAAGGAGUUACGGGAAGUUACAGGUGACUCUGGUCGGAGAAGGAUCUUUCAACGACACGUUCGCGAUGACGCGAAAGGACGAGGAGCUUCUGGUUGGCUCGAUUCUCCAGAAAAUUGUUGUUCCGCACCCGGCGAUUUCGACGGUGGAAGCUAUCGAGAUCAAAUACACAGCGUACAGCGGUUGGAUCUCUUCGGGCUUAGUGUCCUGGGGCAUCGACAAAGUGGCCAUCGUCGAUAGCUUUGGGAAAACGCUGUCCGUCUGCAAGAAAGGAUUAAGCUUAGAAUCUGGGAAGCCAGUGUUCCUCCCUCUAUUCGCGGGAGAAUGCAACGUCCCUGCGGAAUCGGACAACUCGACAACGUCCCCGGCGACGAUGGAACGUCUGAUAGAGGAGAAACAAGGCGGCAUCGGCCCGUUCACCAAGGAACAGAACUACGAGAUGAAAGACGAUAGAACGGAAACAAUCUCGAAGGAGAGGACUGCCGCGCCACUGUCCUCGUCGAAAGGUUUGGGUCCAUUCACCAAAGAACAAAACGUGCGAAUGAUCGAACGAAAGGAGAGCUUCAAGCCGGGCCACUUCGAGGAAACGAGCAGUCGCGGUAGCGGUUCGAACAAUCCUUGGAACAUCGUCGACAUAUCCAGCGACGGGGAUUCCAACUCUUUGGAAAAUUCAGACUCCGAGAGGGGUAGAGGAUUCUCUGGUCCGAAUUUCUUCGGUGCUAGAAGCUCAUCCCCGGAUCCUUCGGUGGAACCAACGACCGAAUUCCUCCCGGAAAUUCGCGAGCCUGUGCUGCAAGUGGACAAGAAGGAAACAGGAAGGUCUUUGAAAUUCCCGGAGAUCACGGAGCCGAUAUUGAGGCCCCGUUCGGCGAGGCAGAAUACCAGGAACGAGGUUCACGGCCGUGAGAAGCAGAAGGAGGAGAUACAGGAGACGUCCUCUACGUCCAGAGCGUUCACGGUUCAGUUCCUACCUGAGAGGUUGGCUGGGAUCUUGGCACAGGCCGAGAGGUACGCUAGGCAAACGCUCCUUCCUUUGAUUUCGCAGUACACGCCCAGCUUCGUGACUGGGACGCGGUUCGAGGAACCGAAAUACUUUCCACCUUUGGGCGAGAUUGCCUCGAAGAAUCAUCGAGAGACCAAUGAAUCGGCGAUGGCGAGCAACGAUCACCAACGUCAACGAAGUGACGAUCGAAUUGGUAAAACUGACAACGAGUCUUUCAUGGAAGCGAAAAUGAAAAAUUCUUCCAACGCUACGUCGAUGGAAGUACUACCAGUCGCGGAAGCGAAUUCUCAGGAGAGAGAUCUAAAUUCAACGAGAAUCGACGAGAGCAACGAGUGGACACCCAUGGAACACUCCACCACAUUAAACUCCGUAUCUAGGAAAGACUUUAACGCGUCCAGGUCCCUGAAUUGGGAACACGAGAAAUACAACUGGUCCAUGCAAACGACGUUGGAAAACAGUAGCUCGGAAAUGGACGAUUGGGUGCCUAUUACGGUUAAAAGCGAAAUCGAAAUGUCCGAGGCUUCGAACAAUGUGUCUAACGAGAUCGGUUUGACUCACGCUGUUACCGACAAACAGAUCGAGACUGUUCAAACAUCUGGACAGGAAGCUGUGACGAUGAAAAACACUAGGAAUAACACGGACGAAGAAAGAGUGAAAGACGAGAGGAAGUACAUACCACUGAUCAAUCCGAGUACCGAAGAAUUACCGUCGACGAGCACGAAUGAUAUCUCAGAGACUGGCUCGAGUUCCUCCACGUACUCGCCGUACUCUCACAUUCAGAAAAUACCCAGACCGAUCGAGACGAGAGCUGGAGGAAGUUCGACGAGGAGAAGUAUGGUCUUCCCAUACGCGUACGAGAAGAAAAAGGAUCCGAGGACUAGGUAUAUACCUUUGAUACCGGAGGAAGAUAUGGGAAGGUCUCACUCUUCGUUCGAAAGAGAACGCUGAACCAAUUGAAACGAGAAAGAUUUAUUGGAAUUAAUGUAUAUUGGAACAGUGGAUCUGUGGAAUCAUCGUUGAAGAUACGUUCCAUUCUGACAAACUUCUGGUUCCUCAUUGACUUUUUCUAUUGUUCGUAGUUGUCGUUGAUGAAUAAUAUCAUCAUCAUCAUUCUCUGUGGAGCGUGUGUAUCGAAUUUGCGUUGGUAACGUUGGUCAGUAGAAAUCGACGGCUUUAUAAAGAACGCUUUGAAGAUGUUUUUUGGUAAAAAUUGGAGCCUUAACUUUAUUUUUGUAUAUAGGAAUUUUUUUUACAAUAUAUAUAAUAUAUAUAUAUAUAUAUAGCUUCGCUGAAAUCUGUUUCUUUCACAUUCGUUACCGUCAAUUAAUUCUUAAUUAUUAUCAUCGUCAUCUGUGUUUCCCCCAUGUAUUUUACUUAUGUCGAACGGACGAUCGUAAGAGCGAAAAAAUCCCACUUUUGUAUAUAAUGACCCGAUCAUUGGAAAUUGCGAAACGAAUAUCGCUGAAAUAGCAUUAUAUUUCUUUCUCAUUUUUUUUUUUUUUUUCUCGUAAUAAUAUGUACAUCUAGGGUCUGCGCAAGCCACGUUUACUGACGGUGGUGCGCGCUGACGAUAGUCAAAAGUAUGGAAGAGAUGAUUCAAGUGGAUUUCUAUGUGUAUCUAUAAUAUAUCUGUUUUUACUUAAAAUAAAUAACCAUUUUUAAAAAGAAAAA